UCUGUUCCUUAAACUACCCCAUGAUUUUCCCAAACUAGACAAACUUGUGUGCUUGUUCUUUUCUAAUGGCGUAUUCUUCUCAGUGUUCUGGGAUAAAAUAUGAUGUCUUUAUCAGCUUCAGAGGCACAGACACUCGCCAUGGUUUUCUUAGUCAUUUGAGGAAGGAAUUGCGGCAGAAGCAAAUUGAUGCCUAUGUGGACGACAGACUUGAAAGUGGAGAUCCAAUAUCACCGGCACUUUUAAACGCCAUCAAAGAAUCACUCAUGUCAUUGAUCAUAUUUUCGAAGGAUUAUGCUUCUUCAAGGUGGUGCUUAGAAGAGCUGGUGCAGAUUAUUGAGUGUAUGGAGAAGCAAAAACAGAUUGUAAUUCCCGUUUUCUAUAACACAGAUCCCUCAGAUGUGAGGCAUCAAAAAGGAUCUUAUGGAGAUGCUUUUGUCAAACAUGACAAAAAUUACAAGGAAAAGGUGCCAAUUUGGAAAUCAGCUUUGAAUAAAGCGGCUAACUUGUCUGGGUUUCAUUCAUCAAGUUACGAGGACGAGGCUGAGCUUAUAGAAAAAAUUGCCAAGCGUUUGUCGACAAGGUUGAAUAUUAUGUUCCAAAGUGACUUAACAGGCCUCGUUGGAAUUGAUGAAAGGAUUGCAGAUUUAGAAUCACUAAUGAACCAAGGCUCAAAAGAUGUUCGAGUCAUUGGAAUUUGGGGUAUGGGCGGUAUGGGUAAGACAACUAUCGCAACUGCAGUAUUUAAUCGAUUCUGUUCUGAAUAUGAAGGAUAUUAUUUUUUGGCAAAUGUGAGAGAAGAAUCAGAGAAUCAUGGGAUUAUCUAUUUGAAGAAUAAAAUUCUUUCUAUACUGCUCAAGGAAAAUGAUUUGCAUAUUGGUACACCAAAUGGAAUACCACCUUAUGUUAAGAGAAGGCUUCUUCGAAAAAGAGUUCUUGUUGUUCUUGAUGAUAUUAGUGAUUCUGAUCAACUGGAAAAUUUAGUGGGAGCACUUGAUUGCUUUGGAUCGGGUAGCAGAAUCAUUAUAACAACAAGGGAUAGGCAAGUUCUAGCUAAAGGAGUUGAUGAAAUAUACGAAGUUAAGCCUUUGAUAUUUGAUGAUGCUGCUCAACUUUUUAUGUCAAAUGCCUUUGGGAAUAAUUAUCUUGACAUGGAGUGGAUUGAAUUAUCAAGGAAGGUGAUCAGUUAUGCUAAAGGCGUUCCAUUGGCUUUGAAGGUUUUGGGUUCCUUUCUUUAUGGCAAAAGCAAGGAAGAAUGGGAGAGCCAACUUGAGAAGCUCAACAAAAUGCCACAUGCAAAGAUUCAGGAUGUGAUGAGAUUGAGUUAUGAUAAACUUGAUAGGGAAGAGAAGAAUAUUUUCUUGUAUAUUGCUUGUUUCUUCAAAGGAUAUAAAUCACGGCAAGUAAUACUUUUUCUAAAUGCUUGUGGUUUUUCAACAAUUAUUGGGUUAAAAGUCCUUGAAGACAAAGCUCUUAUCACUGAAAUCAAAGGAUCCAACGCAGGAGCAUCAAAAAUCUUUAUGCAUGAUUUGAUAGAGGAAAUGGGUUGGGAGAUUGUUCGUGAAGAAUCAAUUCAUGAUCCUGGAAAACACAGUCGGUUAUGGGAUGCUAAUGAUAUGUGUCGAGUAUUGGAACAUAAUCUGGGGACUAAAGCCAUUCAAAGCAUAACUUCGAAUGUGACAAAAAUUGAAGAGCUCUGCUUAACUCCCCAGGUCUUUGCCGAGAUGUCUGAGCUAAAACUUCUUAGUUUUCCCCAGAAUGAUGUCAAUGGACAAAUCCUAUGCCUUCCUUGUGGCCUUGAAUCUUUGCCGUAUGAACUGCGAUUUCUUCAUUGCGGUUGCUGUCCUUUAAAAUCCUUACCUUCCACAUUCCGUCCAGAAAGUCUCGUUGAACUUAACAUGACUUGGAAUCGUGUGGAAAAACUUUGGGAUGGAGUUCUGCGUCUUGUGAAUUUGAAGAAGAUUGACCUCAGUAACUCCAAGCAUCUGUUGGAACUCCCAGAUUUUUCUAUGGCCAGAAACCUUCAAGAAGUUGUACUCUACAACUGUAAAAGCUUGCGUAAGGUUCAUCCUUCUAUUUUAACCAUCCACAAGCUUGUGAAUUUGAACCUAUCGUAUUGCAAAUCACUUACCAGCCUUAGAAGUGAUGUACAUUUGAGAUCCCUGAGUAGUCUUUCUCUUGGUGAAUGCUCAAGGCUCAGGGAAUUCUCAGUGACAUCAGAGAAUAUGAGGAACUUGAGUUUGGCAGGCACAGCUAUCAAUGAAUUGCCUUCAUCCAUCAGGCUUCUAAACAAACUUGAAACAUUCGACUUACAUCGUUGCAAAAAGCUUAAGAAUCUUCCAAACAAGUCAGCUAACCUAAGUUCUCUUCGAGAACUUUGGAUAUAUGGUUGCGUGCAGAUUGAUGCCUCGAAUUUACGCUUCCUACUUGAUGGCUCAAGAUUCUUAGAAACAUUGGUACUGCAAGAUUGUCAUAAUUUAUUUGAACUUCCAGACACCAUCAGAUUCUUAUCCUCAUUGAAACAUUUAUCCCUAAAUGAAACUGAUAUUAAGAGGUUGCCUGCAAGCAUCAAGCAUCUUCCACAACUUGAAAAACUUGAUUUGAGUAAUUGUAGGAAGCUUCAGUCUUUGCCUCAUCUUCCACUAACCGUUAAAGAACUAUAUCUCACUAACUGCACUUCCCUGGAGAGAGUCAUGUUUUCUUCAAUGGCUUCUGAUCAUCUGAAGGGAAAAAUGAGAUAUAGCACUAGUUUCCAGAAUUGCGUGAACUUGGAUGCACAUUCACUCAGAGCUAUAGAAGUAAAUUCUCAUGUCAACAUUAAGAGAUUGGCCAUUGAACAUUUAUCAACUCUAGAAAAAAGUAAGAUCCUAGGUGGUCCAGUUGAUGUCAUUUAUCCAGGAAGCAAUGUUCCGGAGUGGUUCACUAACAGGACAAGGCAGUCAUCAGUAACUAUUGACUUAUCUUCUGCUCCACCUUCCAUGUUCGUGGGUUUCAUUUUUUGUGUGGUUGUCUGUAAGUUUCCAUCAGAUGACAAGAACCUUGUCGGAUGUGACUGCUACAUGGAAAUUAAUGGUAAAAGAGACAAGAAUAUGGGUGCUUGGACUAGCAUAUCUGCUUGUGAAUUUAUGUCUGAUCAUGUAUGUCUGUGGUAUGAUGAACGAUGUUGUCUGAAAACUAAUGAAAGCAAGGAGGAAGAUGAAAGUAAUCGCAAGAAAAUAUCAUUUGAGUUCUUUGCACAAACUGGGGAUAUUUGGAAGAAGAGCAAGGAUAUUGUGAUAAAAGAGUGUGGAGUCUGCCCCAUAUAUGCCUCAGAAUAUGAUAAAUUCAUUGAGCAAAUGGAGUUGGAGUUGAAAUCAGAGCUUAAAGCAAUUGCAAUAGGAGUUAGUGGAAGCUUUGAUGAAAAGAAAAUUGAGGAGACAGUCCCUUUUGUUAAAAAAUCCAAUCGAUUUAUCUUUCCUCCCCUUGCAAAUGGAACUUGGAAGAAAGCAACACAAGGCUUAAAAGAUCUCAUCAAAUUGUGACUACUUGAAAGGCAUCAGACUCUAGACUCUUCUGAAGUUCUCUUUCUGUGAAGUUUUAAAGUGUAUGACAUGAGGUAAUUUUCUUUUUGUUCUAUUUAGAUAGUGACAACCCAUUCUUUGUGUAAUACAUAAUACUUCGUAGAUGUAAAGGGGACAAACUUCAGAUGAUGUAUUCAGAAGACUCCCCGUUUUCACUUUGUCUCUCUUUUACCUUGACUUUGGAUUCAUUAUGAACAACUUGGCUGUUAUUCUUAAGCAUUGAAUAACACUCUUUAAAGUUCA